AUAUGCACCGGGCAAAUUUCCGGGAUUUCCCCGCGAUUUACCCCGUGGGGCGGCCGUCACGUGCAGUUUCAUCAUUCUGUUGUGUUGUUGAGUAAUGACAUCAUUUUGGAAAUUUUCCAUCAAGAAUAUGGGCAGGAAGACAAUAAUCCGGAAGAACAAUGCUUCAUUUUCUUCAGGGUUUUGAACCCGCGAUGCAUGAUGCCAUUGAUGGCAAACAAGAGCAGUCAUGGCAGUUGUGGCACUUUGAAUUGAAGACAAGUACUAAAACGGAAUUGUAACAAGCAUGCAUUGGCAGGGAUAAGCAGAGAAUUCUUGAGCAGCAUCUUCAACCCUGACAACUAGCCUUGAGAUGGGAUCUGAUGAGGCAUUAUCGUCGGGGGAUGAGCCACAGACUUCCUCUGCAAGCAGCACAGGUGCCAUUGCAAGAAAGAGGAAAAGAAGAAGAAGAAGAAAGAAAGCUGUCGAGAAAUCUCAAGAGAAACUUCAACUGGACCCUGAUGACAAACUUCAAGAGGACCCUGAGAAUGCCGGCAGUCUUGAACCUCGCAGUACCUGUGCUGACAAUGCUGGAAAUUGUGGAAGACCUCAAGGCGAUAAUUCUGUUGAAGAUGUCUUGCCACCAGAAUUCGGCACUAAGCAUGCAUCUUCUGUAUCUGCUCAACACGCGUCUCAGCCACCUUCCGUAGACAUCAGUGGAAGCCAUCAGCCGAUAUUCUUGGGACCAGCUACCGGCAACGUUUUCAUCAAUGUUUUGCCUGGCAAUACGGAGAAUAUUGCUCCGUUGUUGCAAAAUCCUGUACCACAGCAAUCGGCUCCACAUUGUCUCCAACCCACAUCUGUGUCCAUCAGCGGUGAUAACAAUCCUACAUUUGUUGGAGAGACUACCGGAAACACCUUCACUUUCAGUCAAUGUGGAACAACGUACAGGUCAACAGCUGACACACGGUUGAACACCGGCGAUCAGAAUGCAUGCAGCAUCCAACAUGAAGACAGCACUAGUCAUGUUACCAGUCCAGCCAAAGUCGCUGCCGAUACUUGCGAAGCGGCCUUAAAGACUCGGUACAUGACCACGGGUAGCUACGUGCAAAUGAUCCCGUGGGUCGAUGACGACACAAAACAUAUUAUGGACAUAUAUACCCAGUUACACUUAGUAAGUGAUGAUGAUCAAGAAAGGCACAAGGUGUUGUACGAGGAUUUUUUCCUCAUCAAAACCAGAGACGGUCAUGUAAUCAAACGCAUAAUCUGUAAUGGGUUUCCAGGUCUAGGCAAGUCGACCCUCAUAGACAAAAUUGCCUAUGAUUGGGCUCUUCGCUCGGUCGAGGUCCUCAGAAAGUACAAACUAGUUUUUGUACUGAAGAUGCAUGCGCUGGAGCAAAGUUCAGAGCUCAUCGAUGCGGUCUUCGAUCAGUUGAUUGAUCAGAAGACUGUGAGGAAGGAGGAUUUGAACACGUACAUCGUUAACAACCCUCACAAGGUACUCAUCCUUCUGGAUGGGUUUGACGAGUUCAUGACUACCAACCUCCGCCCGAAUGCAUUUGGUUCCCUCCUGAAUAUGCUAAAUCGAAAGGAGUGCACAGAAUGCUGUGUAGUUGUGACAACCAGACCCUCGCAUUUUGCAAGGCUAGCCAGCAGAGCCCUGAUUCAGAAGCCUUACACUCACGUGCAUGUCUUAGGGUUCAGUGCAGAGGAUGUCAAGACAUACGUAAGUAGAUUCUUCUCCAAAGAGCCCCGAAAGUCCCAGGGGCUUUUUGAGAGGAUUCAGUCUUCAAAUGUCUUGUCUGAUCUAGCAAAAAGCCCGAUGCUCCUCCUCUUGAUGUGUCUGCUGUGGCGAGAAGAUUCCACUCUGCCAGACACAAUGUUUCGCCUGUACAGUGAGGCAAUCUGUUACACCUUCAAAAGGAAAGGUGUCUCUGAAGAAGAGGUAUCCAACGUUAUGAUUGGGAUUGGAAAGGUUGCUUUGCGUGGUCUUAUCUCUCCUGUCCAGAUGCUUUCAUUUCAAGAGAGAGAAUUUGACGAUAAGGAUGUACUUGACAUGGCGAUCAAGGUAGGUCUUCUAACAAGCCAAAGGGUGUUGAAAGGACUUAAAACUCACAACAGCAUACAAUUUGCCCACAAGACGUAUCAAGAGUUCUGUGCAGCACAGUACCUUCAACACCUAGUGGCAUCCGGAACCGAUGAGUUUCAGAAGGUCUUGGACCAGAUGGCCAAUCCGUUGACCUAUGAGUAUCUUCUGCGCUUCAGUUGCGGCGACAGUGAAGUAUGUACUCACAUGAUAUUGCAGAUGCUGCAGAAAAACCAACUGGAUGAUAGAGUGUUGAAGCUAUCGCUGAAUUGCUACUUUGAAAGCCAGUCAGAUCAUCUGCCCAGUGCGGACUUCAUCAACUUAGUCGUGUCCGGUUCAUUGUGCUUGAAGAACUUCAACAGUGAUGACCUCAGCUCUUUCAUGUGGUUCCUCAAACGUAUCACUGAUCCCAAAUUGGGUGGGCGAAGCGUUGUUCUUGCUCAAGUGCAAGGAAUGGAGAUGCUAUCGUGCAAUCUGCAGAGCUGUAGUAAAGAUCUAGGACACUUCAUAAGCAGGAUGACUAAUCUUUCCUCUUUUCAUCUGAAGUGGUCUUGGUUGAGUGAUAGCAACCUGAAGCACAUUGCCUCAGCUUUGGGCAACUUGGCAAACCUGAGACAACUUGGCAUGGCUUUCAAUAAAGGCUUGCAAGGCUCUGUUCUGUCAGGGGUGCCUGGUUUGCACAAGAUGCAACAAAGCGAGCUAGACUCGAGUUGCAGCACACUUACAGGUAAGGGCAUUGAUCUGAUGGGAAUGCAAGCAAGUAAUAUCUUCACCUUGGUUGAUCUUGAUCUGUCAGGUAGUACCUUGUCUGGAUCAGGGGAAUCACUGAAGUUGUUGCAACCUAUGAAGCAUCUCCAGAAACUGAGUCUAGAUGUCUGCAACUUGAGCAACCAGGAUUUUGUCCAUGUUGCGUCACUUGUUGGGCAGAUGGGAAAUCUUGACCGAUGUUGUGUUGACGGAACCUUUCGGGUAAGGCCGAGUGGUAGGGGUAUAAGGCUGACCAUGAAGUGUCACUCAUUCAGUGGUCGGGACAUGGCAGAUAUCUUAAAGGAGAUGGCUAACAGGACUGACUUGGUUGAAGUGAUUCUUGAUCGCAUCGAUGGAGUCAGUGGUUCAGCAGCUACGUGGGCUCCUCAUCUGAAGCAGCUGAGGCAUCUGGAGCGGUUGCUGUUACAAGACUGCUCUCUGCAGAGUGCGGAUUUGGAGCCCAUUGUGGCAUCACUGAGCGAAGUGGCAACUUUGGUGGAAUUGAACCUGUCCUCAAACAAAUCCUUGAGAGGGUCAGGUGCGUCAUGGUCGCACUUGCAAAGUCUGACACAGCUCCGAAAGCUGAAGCUAGAUUUUUGCAGCUUCUGUUCGGAAGAUCUAAUACACCUCGCUGCUGUUGUAGGUAGCAUCGGAAGUCUCAUGUACUGUUGUAUCGACAACACAUUUUGGGUCAACCAAACAAGUGCUGGUAUUAAGGUGGUAAUGAUGUCUUGCCCGUUAGAUGCUGCAGAGGUGAUUGAAGUUUUCAAGGCAUUGAGUAUCAGGAUUGACUUGGUUCAGUUAGUCGUUGGGGACAUACAUGGAUUGAGCGGCUCUUCGGCUUCAUGGGCCCCUCACAUCCAACAACUAAGACACCUCAAGAAACUGGAAUUAAAGAACUGCUCUUUGCAGAGCACAGACGUUGAGGAAAUUGUAGAAUCUGUCCGUCAAAUGCCCACUCUAGUUGAACUUGACUUGUCUAAAAACGAAUCCCUGCGCAACUCGGGUGCAUUGUGGGACCAGAUACAGUGCAUGACCAACUUGAAGAAGCUGAGACUAGUGGCUUGCAAUCUCAGCAUGGAAGAUAUGAAGUAUCUUGCUGCAUCAGUGGGUAGCAUGAAGAAUCUUGUGCAUUGUAGCAUUGAUGAUACCUUCCGGGUUACACCAACCGUUAACGGCGUGAAGCUUGACCUAGGACAUUUUCCGUUUACCGGGACAGACCUUGCAGACAUCAUCGGAGGAGUGAGCAACAGAGCAGACUUGGUAGAGUUGAUUCUCAGCAGUGUUGAUGGACUGGAUGGUUCGACAUAUCUGUGGUGUCCUCAUCUGAUAAAGCUGAAGCAUCUCACAAGACUGGAAUUGCACCGUUGCUCCUUGAGAAGCAAAGACCUCGCACCCAUUGCCGCCUCACUGAGUAACAUGCCGGCUUUAACAGAAUUGAAUCUCUCCAAGAACGAAUCUCUGCGUGACUCGGGAGCUUCGUGGGCUCAUCUCCAGAGUCUCAAACAACUGGAGAAGCUGAAAGUCAACUCUUGCAACUUGAACGUACAGGAUUUGAAAUGGCUGGCCAAAGUGGCCGGCUGCAUGGACAACCUAGAGUACUGUACCUGUGCCUCUGGCCAUGCCACCUUUCAGAUUAAUCCCACUCAGACUGGCGUGCGGAUUACUGUGAGUUCCUGCCCAUUUGAUGGGCAAGACAUGGCAGACAUCUUGGAGGCAGUGUGUUGCAGAGGGGAUGUAGUUGGCUUGUCAGUCUGUCACAUGUCAGAGCUGGGUGGAUCAGCUGCUUUGUGGUCCCCUUCUCUGAGACACCUCAAGAGCCUAAAGCAGCUCAAGUUGAGUUACUGCUCCUUGCAGAGUGAGGACAAUGAGCACCUUGCUGCAUCGGUAAGUGAAUUACCGAACCUGGCAAAACUUGAUCUCUGCGGGAACAGUUAAUGUUCCAGGUCUAAGGCUCAGCUGAAUUGUGGGCUCCUUGGCUGCAGAAAGUGAAACGUCUUGGACGUCUAGAAGUGCAAUAGUGUACAUAACAAGUGAAGAUUUGAAGCACACCCAACCUUGCUUUGAAUCCAUUCCUGUUGAAAUUGGACUUUGAUCAUCUGUCCUGCAACAUGUCAGGCUAGUGAAGUUGGUUGAGUGUUUCUUUCCUUACCUACUACAUGUAUCUCUGUUGCAGAGGUGUGUAUCUUAGGGGUGGAUCCAGCUUU